CCGGGCGACGGGCUGCAUCAGUGCGAGUUGGAUGGUACUCGCAGAAUUCCGGGAACCUUAGCGUAGACUAGCUCGAUCUACAUAGAGUGAAAGUCAGAUAUUAUUUUCGAAGAUGGUACCUCGCCUGAAUCUAGUAAUUCUGGUCGACUUUUUAAUCGUGUUUGUGGCAGAAACUUUUGCGGCGAUGCCAGCUCCGGUGCUGGAAGCGGCCGAGUUCAUGCAGGAGAUCAAAGCGGAGUGCCAAAAUGCUACCGGAAGUGAGAAAGCCUACCAGGAUUUGCUGACCGUGUUGAAUCAGGAUACUCCCCGAUGUUUUACCGGUCACGUGAACAUGAGCUUUCUGCAGGCACCGGUGGACGAUAUGAGUAAGCAGGAGCAGUCCAUGAUGUUGGAAGAAAUCUGCGGUCAAAUCGGGAAAGCGUUGGUAUGCAUGGAUCCCGUGGUGGCAAAACUCAAACCUUGUGUGACGGAUCCGGAUGAUUUGGAGAUUCUACAGAAAAUCGUAGACAGUGUACCGGAAGCGUUGAAGAUGGUCUGUAACAACAGUGGCGAGAUGCUGAUGAAACUACGUGAACCACUUUCCAGAUCAUGCGCCAUAGAACUGGCACCAGCCGUUGACGACUGUAUGGAUGAGAUAUCAAACAAGACUAUGGAGACGGAUCUGAAGCAGUAUACGGUUACGGAAUGCAAUGCAGUGAAAUCUACAAAAUGCGAGAUUGUAUCAACAUGCGCAUUCGGGACUGCGGAGCUUUAACGUUUUUGGAGUUGUUCAGCCUAUUCUACCGGAACUUGCUGAGUCUUACGCCGUGUAAAUGAAACGAUUGGUUCUAGGAUUUUCAUGUUAUUUUAUCAUACGAAUAAAUGUUUGGCUCAGACCUCUAAUUGCGAUGGCGUUACGAA